GGUGGAGCUCCUCGUUCCCACCCGCAGUUUAGCUUUGACCAGGAAGCAGGAUCCGCAAGGGAAGCUCUGUAAGUAAAUUCAGGAGACAGGUUUGCAUUUCUGAUUGAGAGCACUUGAGCAACUUCUCGGCGAAAGAGGCCGAAGGGCAGAGGAGCAAGUAGGAGCUAAAUUCCUCCCGCGUUGCCGAUUUGCAAAGCAAGAUUUGGGAGGAGGAGGAGGACCCUGCGGCUGAACUACAGCUCCCAUCAUCCUUUGCCACCGACCGUUCUCCUGGGAACGGUGGGAGUUGGAGUCCGGCAAGGUCUGUAGGGCCGCGGCUGCCCCAUCCCUCCUUUGGGGGUGGUGAAUGGUAUAAAAUUUGAGGAUUUUAGUUCAGUGGCCAUUGUGGUGGUUUGUUGUCUGGAAACAACAAAUAUUACCAGAUUGGGGAUUAAAUAAAAUGUUUUUGUCUAAACGAGUAGACGCUGGUGGAACAACUCUAAAUGCGAACAGGUUUUCAGACCUGCUCUUGCUCAUGCAAUUCACUCCCACAGCAUUGACAGAUUUAAAAAAGUCGCAUGUUUGGACAGGCGUUUCCUGACUCGUAAUUUUAUGAUCACACUCUGCUUUUUCAUAUUAUGCACGUAUUUACUUUUUGUUUGUAAUUUUAUUACUGCAGUUUGUGCGAACCGCUUAGAGAUUUUCUAGCACUAAGUGAUGGCUUUCCACUCUGCAUAGCGCCGUUUAUUAUUUCAUUUUUGUGUGCCCGCAAAACACUGUAGCCCCUUUCAGACCUUAUGAAUGGGGGGGGGGUGACAUUGCAGUGAGCUCCCCUCUCCCCCAGAGCCAGCUCCAUGCAAAGUGCCCCCUCAUGGUGUGUGGGGGGGUCAUCUGUCAGUAGUUCACAGCAAGCUUACCUGGCUUCACUUGGAGGCUUGGUCUAACCAUCCUUUAAAUUCCCACAAUGCCUCAGAAUGAUGCUAAGCUGGGGGCAUUGUGGGAAAUUCAAAGGGUGACUAAAUACAGCUGCCCGAUGCUCCAUGGAGUAACCCUCCCCCUUUUUAUGGGUGCUCAGAACAGGGAUCAGCAAUUGGCCCUGCCAGCCCUCUGGAGCUCUAGCAGGUGCCUGAGGGUUCAUGUGCUGGCUCCAGCCCUGCCCUCCUGAAUGCAUUUGUUAUAAGAUGUUAAUGUUGCCCUCCACCUGUUUGUUUGUUUGUCCAAAGGGGAAAGGAGAUCUGAUCCCAACAUUGCUGUGCCCAUUGCGCUGUCCCACCAUGCAGAACUUCUGAAAGAUGAGUCUGUGAUGUGUACAACUGCAUAAACUUAGGGUUAGGAACCCUGCACUUCUGCAAUUCAUGGUGGCAUGGAAUGCCUGUGCUCAUACAACUGUCACUGUGUAGGCAACCAUGAUGUUCAAUGCAUGACAUUCAGGAGUGGAACUGCCUGGUGCAUCAAUGUUUAGGACAAGGCUAAUGGGCAGAGUUCCACGUACCCCUCCAAUCAUUGAAUAUAUGCAGUGGGUGGGUGUGUUAGGGAGAGAGAAGUUGUGUAUUACCCUAAUGGAAAUCCUUCUAAAUAUUAGUGUUAAUUAUAUACAUUAAAUAUGUGUGUGUGUGUGUGUGUGUGUGUGUGAGAGAGAGAGAGAGAGAGAGAAACUUUCAUCCAUAUUAUACAUUGCUACAACUCAUGCUGCGUUUAGAUUUAUUGUUCAAUAUCCAUAGUAACAUACUGGAACAGAGAUCAUAGAAGAAUUCUAGAAUGAUUCUUGCCUAAAACCGUUGGGAAUACUUUUGCCGAAAUGUGUUAUUUGUUCCAUUUAUUUCUCUGGUUCCAGAGCUGCCAGAAACGGGAUCCAAGUAGCUCCGUAAAGACUUCUGAGUCUCUCUUGAGGAACAGAGAUGGACAGCUGGCAAGGAACCACCAGUCCUGUCAGCAGCAACGUGACAGAUCUAACAAUUGGUUUCACCUCCUCAGCAAUAGCUGUCAUCUUGUUUGGAACAAACUUUGUACCAGUUAAGAAAUUUGACACUGGCGAUGGUAAAUGUUUGUGACUGAAUUGCUAUUGUUAUACUUUACAUGGUACAUGUUGCAAAAUGUCCAUACUCUUUAAAACAACAGCCACUUUAUAUCAGGUUGAUGACAGAAUCACAGAGCUGGAAUAUUUCUAUAACUAAAUAAACAUUGUUGUAAAUGGGAUUUAGUAUUUGACUCACCCACUAAACAAGCUGAGUAGCUGGUAUUUUCUAGAAGUUAUCACAUCAUCAGCUCAGUUGGAGCAUGAGACUCUUAAUCUCAGGGUUGUGGGUUCAAGCCCCAUGUUGGGCAAAAGAUUCCUUCAUUGCAGGGAUAUGAAGAGUCAAUGCAAAUGAAUUGCCCCUGCUUCUGUUUGCAGGGGCAAAUCCAACAAAGCAUGCUUUGAAUGUUGUUUUUCAGUAAACUACAUGUUAAGGUAAACACAUGGGGUUUUUUAAAAAAAAAAUAUUAAAGCAUGCUAAAGCUGGCCACUUCUGUUCUGAAUGGCAAAAUAGCCAUGGGGCUCUGCACUAAAGUGGGGUCCUUUGCCAGUUUUCCUGCUGAAAGUCCUACUCUCUACCGCUAGCUACUGAUGGGCUGUGGAAGGUGCUGUUUAUUCCCAGCCCAGAGCCCUGAGUCGAGUGAAGAGUUCAUUCUGGGUCAUGAGUUUGACAUAAGGAAUAAGGAAAACAUGUUUAUUGCAAUAUAUAGUUUGGUUCCCAGUUCAGUGGUGUUGCUACACUGAAGGGCCAUCACCCAGGGGAAGGGUUGUAACUCAGUGAUGGAGGGACCCAGGUUCCAUCCUUGGAUGUCCAGGUUGCGCAGGAGUGCCCUCUACCUGUAAUCCUGGUGAGCUUCUGCCAGUCAGUGAAGACAACACUGAUCUGGAUGGACUAAUGAUUUGAUUCAUUCUAAGGCAGCUUCCUAUAUUUCUGUGCUCUGCCUUAUCAUGUUCUCAGUCUAUCCACAUCUUUUUUUUUCUAAUUAGGCCCUAUCUGCCUUCUCUUCCCUUAGAUUCUAGUUCUUAAUCUGCUGCCUACAGUGCAUUCUCUUCCCCACUUUGAGACGCCCCUUAUAACUCAGUUUUCUGUCUUCAGCUUCCAUACUUAUCCGUAUCGUUGCCAAGGUGAGGUUUAACACCAGCCAAAGUGAUGUUUUCCUUCUGUUUCUUACAUCUUCAUUUCCCAAGUAGUUUUGAAACAUUCCGUGAUAUCGCAGCUGCUCAGCCAAAGACGUCGCCGCCACCACCACCAAAUCUCCCAACGCUUCUUAUGAUAUAGACUAAAACUAAACAGAAUGAUCUGUUGUGCUUAAUUAUUCUUGGAUUUAUUUGUGUUCUAGGAAUGUUCUUCCAAUGGAUUCUCUGUGCCGCUAUCUGGAUAGUUUCUUUGAUUGUUAACCUUAUUCAGAACAGCCCUAGAUUUUGGCCUCUUGCCAUGGUUGGCGGCUUUUUAUGGGCUACAGGUAUGGCUGAAAUAACACUUACCUUGUCACAAUUUAACACCCAUGCACAUGUGAAUCUAUGCACCAUUUGCAGAUUGCAGGAAUAUCAUAAAAUGCAAUUGUUAAUACUGAGACAUAUGCACGUAUUGGCCUUCUUCAAUCACUUUUUGUCUUAAGGCAGGUUGGGUGGGGCUCUAAUGAUAACAAAAACAAUACUAAUGUUAUUAUUUAUACCCCACUUAUCUGGCUGGGUUGCCACAGCCACUCUGGGCGGCUUCCAACACAUAUACUUCACAGGUAAUUUGUAUUACAAGAAAAUAGAACAGUUAACAUUUGCUUUUCAUUUUGAAGUAAAACCUGCACUGCCAGCUACUCCGCAGUGUAAACACACCACUGAUUUGACCUUAAGGUGUGCAUCGUGGUUUCAAAUAAAAAGCAAGAUACAAAGGCAACACUUUGGCAAAGCUUCAUAAUAAGCAACGGGGGGGAAUAACACUCAUCACAUUACAAGCAUAUUAGCUCUGCCCACAUCCACACCUUGGUUCGCAUUCUGAUCACCCUCCACAGGCUGAAAAGCAAUAUUCUGCAGCACGGCGCCACCUGUGCUCUGGGAGGCUUCCUGCACAUUUUAGAAUCGGGGGGGGGGCUUAUGGAGGGUGAUCAGAAGGGCAAAGCCAGAGCACUUCUCAUGCCCUCUUCCCACCUGUUUAUGUAAUAUGACGAGAGAAUGUCUGAAGAGGGCUAUUAAUUUUGUCUCACAUCCGCUGCUAUGUAAUUCAGCAUGACGAGAAUACUAAAUGCUAUUGUGUGGUAGAGUUACAUUAAAAACGAUAUCAAGUGCUUGAUCCUACAAGGACUUUCAGGGUUCUUCUAGCUGUGAUUUGUCUGUCUGUUCAGUGGUCUUUUCUUCCCCCUCUCUGAGAUUUCAUGUCAAAUCACUUAAAGGCUGGUAGAGCUUUAGUGUGCCUGCUUCAGAAAAGAGUGCCAAGUGUGGCAUUCAGUUACUGUAUUGAAAACACUAAGCUGACCCAGACUUAAGUCUGAAUCCAACCCACGGGGAAUAUUUUAAGUUUGUUUACAUUGACUCAGAGACUGUAGGGAUGUUGCUGUGAGGUUGUGCUGGGCUACCAUCCCUACCUGCCAGCCACAAAGUCAUCAGUCAUGUGAAAGAGACCUUUGUACAUAAGGGCUCUGCGCAUACACAUUUGUAUGUAAAGGUAAAGGGACCCCUGACCGUUAGGUCCAGUCGUAACCGACUCUGGGGUUGUGGCGUUCAUCUUGCUUUAUUGGCCAAGGGAGCCGGUGUACAGCUUCCGGGUCAUGUGGCCAGCAUGACUAAGCUGCUUCUGGCAAACCAGAGCAGUGCACAGAAACGCCGUUUACCUUCCCGCCGGAGCAGGACCUAUUUAUCUACUUGCACUUUGAUGCGCUUUCGAACUGCUAGGUUGGCAGGAGCAGGGACCAAGCAACGGGGGCUCACUCGAACCGCCGACCUUCUGAUCGGCAAGUCCUAGGCUCUGUGGUUUAACCCACAGCGCCACCCACAUGUAUGCAUUUAGGGCCUAUUCUGUGAAGCUGGGGCAUGGCAAAAAGGAGUAGUGGCAAAUAUGGCUGCUCAAGAUGGUUUCACAAUCUCCUAACACAUUGGGUGAAUGUGUGGUGGGAGUAAUUUGUACCCCCAGCAUGUAAAGGUACAGUAUGUGAGUACGGAGGAAUGACAAAUUAUUAUCCUUCAGUGCCUUAUAUAUGUUAAGAGGCAUGUAAUUUGAACAGUUAAUGUACAUAAGAGUUGGACGCUGUGCACAUUCACCAAGCCUCAUGGCGAAUGUGCACAUCAUCCAUCCACAGGGAGGGAAUUGUACACAAUUCCUGGUCAAUAUACAAAAUCCUCAACAGGUUUCAGGAAACGGGUAUAUAUCUCGGUUUAGUUUUGUACAUUCUCUGGCCAUGAUGCAUAAUCUAGCGCACUAAAUGUAGUGAUUUAUUGUAGAUUAUGCUUAUUAGCAGUUGUAUUAAUAAUACUGAUAUAGAGCUACUGUAGUAAGAUUAUACUGUAUUAAUAAUCAGCUAAUUUUGCUUUUGUUCUUUUCAUACUGUGCAGGUAAUAUAACAGUUGUCCCCAUUGUCAAAACCAUUGGGUUGGGCCUUGGUCUCUUAAUCUGGGCUUCUUUUAACUUGCUAACCGGCUGGGCAAGCUCAAGGUAAGCACCAUGUAUACUUCACCUAUAGUAUGAGUCAUCAUACUAUACUUAAAAAUUACCAUUAACAAGACCAAUGUCUUGACAAAAGCAUUUUCUCUCUGUGUAAUGUACUUCAUCGUAAUAUACGAUCUUGCCCCAAAGAUCAGGCUCAAAAUAUUAUCUGGAUACUUCCAUCCUGAUGUAAUUUCUCAAUCUUUAUACAUUCACAAGUUGACUUCAAGAUGUUAUUAUGUGUGUGUCAGAUAUAAUGUCAGCUAGGCCCUAUAAACCAUGUGAGGAUCCUUAAUAUGCUGAAUUAAAUGUUUCCAUGAGGAAUUAAUAGUUAUUUAUAUUUUUAAAGAGUUGUUAAAAAUUUUGCAAUGUACAAGACUAGCUCAACUACUAAAUAUUUUUCAAGACAGUAUUUUUAUUUUUCUGAUGGUUCAUGAGAUCGAGACAUCUUUACUUCCAGGAAUGGAUUCAUUUAUAUUUUUAUAUACAUCCUUUCGGCAUAUACAAGAGCAAGUCAAACUGCAGUGCUGUGACCCUGGGGAAAAAAUCAAUGUUCUUUGCCAAGCUAUCAUUCCCUUGUACUUGUGAUUGCCACACACAAUUUAUUUAUGCAAGCUAGAUAGCUUUUCCUGCACUUUUCUAUGCCCUUCUCAUUUUGGAAACAAUUUAAAAGAGUUUUUAACCUUUCUGUUCACAGGUUUGGCUGGUUUGGGAUUGACCCAGAAGAAGUAGCAAAACCAGCUUUAAACUACAUUGGAGCUGGACUUUCAGUAUUAAGGUAUUAAUAAUCUUACUAUAUUUCUAUUUUGAAACACUACUUAUGCAUAUAAGUAUGUGUGUGUAUGUGUGUAUAUACAUAUAUGCAAGUGAAUCAGAAUUUAAAAACGACUGAGGCAAAGUAAAACUUUUAUUCUUUUGAGUCUGCAGGUAAGCUGUUGAAGGCUACAAUUCCUAACCACAUACUAGGUAGGAAGGAAGUCCCAUUGGCCCAGUGAAAUUUACUUCUUAGUAAAUAUGCAUAGGAUAUCACCAUUUAUGAAGCAAUGUUGUCCCUCAGCCAGAGAUAUUAAAGGAUAAUAUCUUAACAAAUGAUUUUUAAAAUCUGCAAAAUGAAGUAAGGGAGAUUAAAUCAUGUAUGAUUUAGCUGAGAUUCCUGUAUUGCAAGGGGUUGGACUAAAUAAUCACAAUUCUAUGAUUCUUUAAGACACACACGCGCGCGCGCACACACACACACACACACACACACAGAGUCGUGCCUUGGAAGUCGAACGGAAUCCGUUCCGGAAGUCCAUUCCACUUCCAAAACGUUCGGAAACCAAAGCACGGCUUCUGAUUGGCUGUAGGAAGCUCCUGCAGCCAUUCGGAAGCCACGGAAGCCCCAUUGGACAUUUGGCUUCCAAAAAUAGUUCGCAAACCAGAACACUUCCAGGUUUGCGGCAUUCAGGAGCCAAAACAUUCGAGAACUAAGCUGUCAAAAACCAAGGUACGACUGUGUGUGUGUGUGUGUGCAUAAAAUGCUACAACACGAUGGUGUUUAGUUCAUGAUGAUAUUUCAUUUGCAGUGCCAUCCUAUUUCUUUUCAUAAAAAGUGAUGUUGAGAGCUCUUCACUGUCAUCGGAGAGCACCCCACUAUUAAGACAUGUAAGUUUUUGCUUUUGUUCAUGUUACGCUUCCGCACUAGAAAAAAAACACUAUAACACAGAACUUAUUCCAACCACUUUCUUUUCAAGGUAGCCCUUACGAGGCCUCCCACAUUUUUUCACAACUGUAAAGGAUAUUGGAAAGAAGAGAAAGUACCAUUAUUUGUGCCCUCUAGGGUUAGGAAGCAAGGAAGAUUUAGCGAGACAAACUUAUCAGGAUAUAGCUUCCAAUGUUGUUCAAUUAUCAAUUCAAAAAUGAAAAUAACUGGGGUGUUGAGAAAUCUCUUUUCUUGGACAUCUCAGUGUGUGUGAGUGCUUUUAAAUGGGGGUUUUUGUGUUUUCGGUGCAUUUUUUUUAGAGGGUUACUUAUUUAUUUGUUUUUUAAUAUCUAUAUUUAUUAUGUAUUGUUGUACCUGCAUUAAUUUAUGCUGUGAGCAUCCUUGGGUCCUGCACUAGGAGAAAUCAGGGAAAGAAAAGAAGAGCAAUGAAAUGAAAUGAAUAAUAUCCACAGAUGCACCAGCUGCAAAUUCUUUAGUUAUCAGCUCCUAGCUCCUUCCUUCCUCAUCCCCAAGUGAAUGAGCAUACCUAGCACAAUCCAGGUCUGAAUGUUUUCAGAAAUCUUAGCCUUAAUGGCUUUCCUUUUCACCAACAGUCAAUCAACAGCUCUGAUCAUAGCGCUGAAAACAGGACUGAUGCUUCAUGGGUUGACCAUCUUUCUCCGUUAGGAAAGAGAAUGAUGUAAGUUGUCCCACCCUUUCUAGUGAAUUACCUCUAGCCUACCUGGCUCCUGUUUCAUUCUUCCUUUGGUGAACUUCACAAGGCAAUAAAGACAACAAACUGUAACCAUUCUGUGGCAGUGAUGAGUGCUCCAACAUCUCUUUCAAGACAGCAAUUUCUAGAAAACUACUGGCAGUUCUCCAGCAUGUUUUUGGCCGCAGCUCUGCAAACCUGCAAUGAAUGUUGUAGUGCAAUGGGUGUCUUUGAGUUUGUAAUAUCUUGAUCUUUCUUUCUUUCUCCUGGAAGAGGCUGCUCCCUGGCUGUGAUAGCUGGAAUGUUUUAUGGCUCGAGUUUUGUGCCAGUGCUUUACAUCAAGGACCACGGCAGAAGGAAUGGAACGAAAUAUAGCGGAGCAAGUCAGUUUGGUAAAGGCAGAUGAAUUGUUUUAAUAUCAAAUUUAAACCUGUGGGAAAUUUUGCUCAUUCAUGAUGGGUGAAAGGGGAGGGGAAAGUCUUUCCCCCUUUGCUUAUCUAUCCCUUCUUUGUUUGUUUGUUUGUUUGUUUGUUUGUUUGUUUGUUUAUUAUAUGUAUUAAUCACCUCAUAAUAUAGUUUCUCUAGGUCAUUGGUGAGGCGUUUCUAGCUUGCAGGCCUAAUUUGCUCCAUGACAUGGUUUGACCCAAGCCACACCUACCUGUCCAUCACUUGAGGUCAUAUGACAUCAGGUGCCAGACAGAUAAAGUCAUGGCAGCAAAUUUAAAAGGAAGAAUUAGGAGCACACUUUCCCAGCCCUAGGCUACUGUGCCUUUAAAUCACAGUCUUUCCCUCAAAGAAUUCUGGGCACUGUAGUUCACCCCUCACAGAGUUACUGUUCCCAGCAAUCCUUAACGAACUGCAGUAGUUCAUCCAUUGGUGACAUCAACAUUGAAUUACAGCAGUGCACUCUAUGCUGGGCUUCUCUUGCGCUUGACCUGAGAACUGCAGUUAGUGCAGAAUGCUAGUGCAGUUGCUGAUUUCUUACUGGGUAAAGUUCUAAGUUGCUACUAUUGUUAUAUCAAGCCAUUAAUGGCUUGGGACCAGUUUACUUGCAGAAUCACCUUAUCCCAUACGUACCCACUCAAAGGCUUUGAUCUGUGAAACUGUCAUCUUCACUGUGUUCUUUCCGGCGCUUACAGUCAUACCUCGGAAGUCAGCCGUCUUGCUAGAUGAACGUUUUGGCUCCCAAACGCCACAAACCAGGAAGUGAUUGUUCCAGUUUGCGAACUAUUUUUGGAACCCGAACAUCCGUUGCGGCUUCCAGCAGCCAAUCGGAAGCCGCGCCUUGGUUCCCAAAUGUUUUGGAAGUCGAAUGGACUUCCAGAACAGAUUCUGUUCGACUUCCAAGGUACCACUAUACUUGAAAACCUUUUUCGUUUUGGCAAGCCUAUCCAAACACCAGACACACAGAUGUUGAUGUUUUUACAUAUUUUCUACUGUUAUUUUUAAUUGUUUUAAAACGUUUUAGAAUGGUUUUUAACUAUUUCUAUUGAUGCUUUUAAUAUUUGUUGUAAACCACAAAGAAAUCAUUUAGUUUAAAUCAGUGAAACAUUUAGUAUAGUAUUUACAGUCAUGUUUACAUCGCACAUAUAUACUGAGCAAAGCCUCUUGAUCAGCUAAAACCGGGGAAGGUAUUGAAGACCUUAUAUGAACAAACGUGUGGCUAAGGUAUGAGCAAGACCUUACCAGAAGUAAUUGCUGCUUUUCUAGAAUAUUGUUAAUUUCCUAAAUAUAUUCUACAUAUGCAUAUGCCUCCCAUUUUUGUUUCAGAUUUAGAUUACGUCUUUGCCCAUUUUAGUGGCAUCUUCCUUACAAGUACCAUCUACUUCCUGAUCUAUUGUGCAGCAAUGAAAAAUAGACCUAAGGUUUAUCCUGAAGCCAUCAUCCCAGGUAGAAUUCUGAAAUACAUGUGCAUUGCAGAUCACUAUCAAACAUACUUCGUUCUGUUGCUAUUAGACAUAUGUAGGCAAUGUUUGAGUAUGGGUAUUUUGGGGAGGUAUUAUAUUAAUAAUGUCGUAGUGGAAAAGUAGCCAACACGGUGCUCUCUAGAAGUUGUUGAACGCCAGUUCACAUCUGGAUCAUCUGGAGAGCACUGCACUGGCUCCUCAUAAAAAGAAACCUGUUACAUAUGGAAGAAUACAUCUGAUUAGCUCAUUCAACAAAGAAUAUGUUUGCAUUUGCAAGGAUACAUACAGCUGUGCCUGCAUCCAGGAGCAGGUGGGGCGUUUCUGCUGCAGGGAAAGAUCAGUGCCCCACCAAUUUGGUGCCCCUUAGCUCCUCAAGGGACACAAAGGCUGGUGUUAAAUAGUGGCUUUCACCCCAGGCUAAAAAUCAGAUAGUCCCUGCUUUGUAUUCAUUUCUGACAUGAACUCCUGGUGAAUUUAAGGUGAGCUGUUCUCCUUCAGCCUCAGUUCCGCCCAUUUACAAUAACCAUUACAGGAUUGUUGUUAAGAAUAGGAAAGUAGCCAAUGCAGGCUAAGAGCUUUGAGCCCUUGAAAGCCCUUUGCAAAUGCAGCAUGGCCUUAGGAUUCGAGCUGGGCAAUAUAUUGGUAAAUGGUCUGAAACCUCUAUGCCAUUUCAGAUCGCAAUGCCCGCUUUCAGACAUUUUGGGCUGGCAAUACAUCACACCAGCUCAAAUUACUUGCAGACGGCUCCUUCCUUGGAGGUUUUUAAGCAGAGGUUGGAUGGCCAUCUGUCAUACACGAUUUAGCUGAUAUUCCUGCGCAUAGCUGGCAACGUUUCCCUUUUUUUAAGAGAAAUUCCCUUAUUCCGAAUAGGAUUCCUCGCAAGAAAAGGGAAAAGUUGACAGCUAUGUUCCUGCGUGGCAGGGGGUUGGACUAGAUGACCCCCCUGGGUCCCUUCCAAGUCUAUAUUGCUAUGAUUUCUAUGGGUAACAAAAUAUGCUUAUUUGUUGUCAGGAUUUGUUUCUGGUGUAUUGUGGGCGAUUGCCACUUCCUGUUGGUUCCUAGCAAAUCAUUACCUCAGUGCUGUGGUCAGCUUUCCAAUAAUCACAGCGGUAAGUACCAAAGAAGGACCUGCUCAUAAACAUAGGUUUCAAAGGGGGGGGGGGUUGCAUAUCAAACCACAUAUACACCCCACCCCACUCCUGUCUUUGUUAUGGAGGUUUCACGUACAAUAGAGUGUCAUGAAAUUCUACUCAAUAUUGAUCCAGAGCAGAACUCUGACGUAUAGUUAGCAGAUCAAAAACUUAAAAUACUUUGCAGGAUUCCCAAAAAACAGAUCAGAGGCAAUUAUAUUUCAUCCAGCAGAGCUUUACUGCUACUGAAGGCAAGUGAGCAUAAUGGUCACAAAUCAAAUACAUUCAGGAUUGGCACUGUCCAUAAGAAAUCCAGUUGCAACAGACCCAACUUAAACUUACAAUAACUUAUAAAAAGUCUAAAACCUUAACACUAUAUACAGAACACCACAUCAGAAGGAAAAGAGAUAGAAAGAAAAGUGAAACCUAAGCUCCUUCUGGCCUUAGUUUUAUAGUAAGCAUGACCUUGACUGAAACAGAACCAGUUUAAGCCAGCUGUACCUAGUUUCUCUGAAGGAAUAACCCAAACAUCAUGAACCUUCUGCUUGUUUCUUUCACACAGAAAAGCUUCUAGAACCCUCUUGAAUUAAUUAGAAUAGGAAAGAUCUCUACAUAUCAGAUCAAUACUUUCUAAUCUAAGAAAUGCAAACUGACACAGAGGUGGGCAGACUUCAGGCUUGCGGGAUCUACUUUUGCUUUUUACUGUAACCACAAGAUCUACCAAUCAGGCUUGGUGCAAAAGAAUUCUGAACCCUGGAAUUUGGUUUGGGCACCAAACUUGAAUAGCCUGAACCCAUAUAGACUGAAUAUCUCAGCUGACUAGAGUGUGGUGCUGACAGUGCCAAGGUUGCAGGUUCUAUCCCCGUAUGGGACAGCUGCAUAUUCCUGCAUUGCAGGAAGUUGGACUAGAUGAUCCUCAGGGUCCCUUUCAACACCUACAAUUCUAUAAUUCUAACUGAACUGAGCCCCCACAAAAAAUACACUCCUGGUUACACACAAUUUUCCGUUUUGGUGGUAUGAUUUAGGGUUGGGGAAGUCAUUUUGUUUCUGCCAUUGUUAAAUCAUUGGCAGUCGGGAAUCCUAAUAGAUCUACUACAAAUCGCCCAGAAAUCCAGAUCUGGCCUCUUCCAGCUCUGACAGACGACAUUCAUUAUGUUCUUCUCAUUUUAAGACAAUGUGCUUUCAUCUCUCUAGCAUCUACAGUGGUACCUCGGGUUACAGACUCCGCUAACCCAGAAAUAGUACCUCGGGUUAAGAACUUUGCUUCAGGAUGAGAACAGAAAUCACAUGGCGGUGGUGUGGCAGCAGCGGGAGACCCCAUUAGCUAAAGUGGUACCUCAGGUUAAGAACAGUUUCAGGUUAAGAACAGACCUCCGGAACAAAUUAACUUCUUAACCCGAGGUACCUCUGUAUUGCAUUCUGCUUGACCAUGCUCAUUCUGAUGGAAAACAAGGUGGUCAGAAUCUUCAUGCUGUUAGAGAAGGAUGCUGACCUGCACAUCUAUGAGGAACCCCUAAAUGGGAAAGGAAGCAGUGGGCAUUACUUUCCAUGGGAAAGUGUGCCUUGGUUUUGGAACGCUUUGCUUUUGGAACAGACUUUUGGAACAGAUUAAGUUUGAGAAUAACACACAGUUGUAACAUAAAGUCUCCUUGCAGCGUUCCAACACACACUAGGCUCUGGCCAAGGGCAAAUUGACUUCAAACACAUGUACAUUUUUAUACUUUCGAUUGUGCUAAGUCACUCUCACAUGCUCAGCUAGUUGCAGGUGCAGGACAAACACACCCAGAAUUAACCAGCACACCUAACUUAACCCUUUUUUGUCCCUUUUCUCUGCAUGCAUAAACCCUGGUACAUUGACAGAACUCCUCAAAAUAGCUCUCUCAAGCAAAUGGGGGAGCUCAGAGAAGAGUGCACUGUUUCAUAGCCCAUUGACCCCUUUAGGCAUGAAGGAAAAGUUCAAAGCAGCCAUUGAGAGGAACUGUGUCAGGGGAGGAGGCAAGCUGCUCUCCUUAUUCUCCAGUUGAGAAGAGGGAAAGGAUAAAAAGUCCUUCCCACCACAAGCGCCACUUUUCAUCAUGGCAAUCUGCAGUUGCACCUGUCCUGUUGACUUAUAGGGUGCAGUAAAUUAUAACAAGCUGCAGAGAUGAGGAUCACUCAGCACAUAUAUCUUGUCCUUUUUCAGAAGGAGGAAAUUGGAGAUACUUCUGAGCCGUUUUGAGAUAAAAUGUGCAGGGGCAGCUGAGGUCAAAGCUGGCAAUAGAAAAGAAAUUGCAAUAAAUAUUCUGGCUACCGCACAGCAGGGUACUAAAAAUAGGAACCUUUGUACUUCAUUUAUGGAAAUGGAUGUCUGGGAUGAGCAGCAAGGUAACUAAGAUUGGAAACACCUUGAAAAGCAGUGGGGAAAUUGUGCUCUAGAGAUAGGCGGGGAGGAGAGAAGGAAAGCCAGUUUCAGAGCAAAGCCUAUUACAGAUGUUGUGCGUGGGCAUAUUUCAGCCUGGAUGUCUGUGACCUGGGUGUCUGUAAUAUGUGCAAAGAGUGGCAAGCUUUAAAUCCACUUUAAAGCAGUGGUGCUUGCUUCUGAGUAGACAUAUAUAGCAGUGAUGUCCAACCGGUUGACCACAAUCGACAUGUAGAUCGCCUUCAUGUUCCCGGUAGAUCGUGGUUGAUUGCAUGCAAGUAAUGUCCCCACCUCCCGCCCCAGUUGCAAGGUUCCUCCGUUGGCAUCAGCAUCAGUUACCAAAAAGCGAAAGUAAUGUUAGCUUUAGUGCGGCGUUCGAUAGUCAGCACAUCAGUUUCUUGUGAGCGUUUGUUCUAUUCCCUCCCCCAAAAUAAGCUCUACAAACACUUUGCCUUCUCCCCUAAAAAAGAAAAAAGCUCAACAACUCUGACCAACCCCCCCCCCCAAAAAAAAUCAUACAGAACAAAGAAAUUGAGGGGGGGAGACAAUGGGUAGAUCAAUGCCAGUUAUUUUAUACUGGGAGUAGAUCACAGUCUCAAGGGCAGCUUUUCUCAACCUGUGGGUCCCCAGAUGUUGUUGAACUACAAGUCCCAUCACCCCAGCUAGCAAGGCCAGAGCUCAGGGAUGAUGGGAGUUGUAGUCCAACAACAUCUGGGGACCAACAGGUUGAGAACUGCUGCUCUAGGGAGUUGGAUGUGCCUGAUAUAUAGGAUUGCAACUGUAAAUGUAUCUUUGCAUAUAGAGUCAUAGAACUGUAGAGUUGGAAGGGUCCACAUGGGUCAUCUAGCCCAACCCCCUGCGAAGGAGCUUCCAGGGUGUUUCUAGUAUGGGAUUCAGUUACAUAUCAGCAUAUUCGGGCUGUGCCAUUGCAGUUCAUUUGGAGCUCUCGCCAAACAAACCUGAUUCCCCCUCAGAAAAGGGGGGGGGGGGUUUUUUGCGGUAAGGAAAGUGACAGAGAAGCAUACUGGGAAAUGUGGGUUAACACUUGGUUGAUGAAACAUCCUCUAUCCUCCCAACAACAAACACAUCCAAAUGGAUUCUCAAUAAAACACAGGCCUCCCUGCAAACAAAUCAGGACGAUGGCUCAAUAAAGCAGGUAAUCUGUAAGUGCCCCCCAGAGGUUUGCUUUGUUUUUGCGGGAUUGGCAUGCCUUUUAUUAAAGGCCAUUAUCUUCUCACAUUCUUCUUUCUGUCAUCAUCACGAGCAACAAUUUAGCACAUGAUUACGUUUUAGUGAAGGCAAGAUUGAAUUUAAAUAAGAUAAUUGGGCUCUAGCAAAUCCUCAUGAACAAAUGCUAUUAUGAUUAUUCAUCGUGUCUUAAUCUUGUUCUCCAGGGUCCUGGCUUUAUAGCUGCAAUGUGGGGAGUCCUGGUAUUUAAAGAAAUAAAGGUAAGGGCUGCAACAUGUUCCUCUCAUCUUUGAUGUAUCCGCAUCAGAAAAAAUGAUGCUUGGGAAGUUCUAAGUAUCGGGGGGGGGGGAGGCAGGCAAAUCUAGAGAUUUUUUAUUUCUUUCUCUCUAGUAAUACUAGGUCAUCCAUUGAAGCUGCAAGGUGGGAGGUUCAGAAUGAUUCUUCCCACAGCACAUAGAUAACCUAUGGCGUUUGCUGCUAUGUGACCACCAACUAAGAUGGCUUAAAAAGACCCCAUUUAGACAAAUUUAUGGUGGAUAAGUCUUCUCAUAGCUACUUGUUUUGGGGGGGCUAUGUGUGUAACAAAAUUCCCAGUGACAGCUUCUGCUAAGGAAAGGAAUUUCCUUAUGUUACGCAUUUAUAUUACCGUAUUUUUCGCUCUAUAAGACACACUUUUCCCCUCCUAAAAAGUAAGGGGAAAUGUGUGUGCGUCUUACGGAGCAAAUGCAGGCGGGAGACUCUGCUCAGUGCUCCCUUUAAAGAGCCGCGUGGAGCCCCCAAGAGUCCCACACACACUCCGCGCACUCUUUAAGGGGAGCGCGGCUCUUGGGGGAGCCUUAGCCGUGCGCAGCCUCUUCCGGGCAGGGGGAGCCUUCAUCCCGCUGCCCGGGAGAGGCUGUGCGUGGCUAUCCCAUAAGCCAGGACAGCACAGUGAUCCCGCUUGAUGUCCUGGCUUCUGGAAUUCAAAAUAUUUUUUUUCUUGUUUUCCUCUUCCAAAAACUAGGUGCGUCUUAUGGUCUGGUGCGUCUUGUAGAGCAAAAAAUACGGCAUAUUGUUUGUUGUGUUCUAUGUUGUAAAUCGCCCUCUGGUCCUUUAAAUGAAGGGUGGCAUACGCAUUUUAAACAUUAAAUAAAUAAAUAAAUCCAAGCUUUUGGGAGAGGCAGCUUGUAGUGAGGCAGCAUUGUGGAAAAGCAGGGGCUUAACCAGCCACUUCCCUGAUACAUACAUACACUCACACACACUAAUACACCACUAUUCUCCUUACUGGUUCCGGGUUUGAAAGCGUAAACCCCCACCUGAAACACUGUGGGAGGCUAGUGGGGAAAGUCCCUAAGAAGGAUGUUGUGGCUGCAAAGUGGGGAGAGGCAAGGACCUCCUCCUCCUCUGCACCCCUUUCCAGAACUUCAGUUUUCCUAGAAAGAGCAGCUGCUGGAAUUUGUUGCCCCAUGUCCAUGUAUAACGUCUAGUCCUGUCUUUCCUUGCUGCAUUGAACCAGCCUAUUUUCCCUACAUGGGUGUGUUUGUUUACAUUCAGGAAUGGGUCAUCCAGUGGGGCAGAGACAAAGCAAUAGUCUCCUGGCAGCAGCGUUGCUGCAACUCACUAGAAGGGGGAACAGCAAAGGUGGGUGGGUGGGUGUGUACCGGUAGGAGUGCCAGAUUGGCUCUAUCAUUGUGCCCACCGAGUUCUGACCUUUCUGCCACCUCAAUUCUCCACCUCUGGAUGAGUGUCUGCAGCUGAUACUGCUGCUGCGAGGCUGUUAGUGGCACUCCACCCCACUGGAUGAGCUGCCCCUCCACACAUUAUUAUCACAUUUAUAUCUCACCCAUGCUCCAAGAAGCUCAAGGCAGUGUAUGUUAGGCUGAGAGAUAAUGACUGGCCCACCAAGAUCACUCUGUAUAAGAAAGGGGCCCAGGUGUCUCCACUGCAAGUUCAGCACUCAAACUGAUGUUACAUACUGUUUCAUACAGGUAAUUUGGCCAGAUAAAUUUAACUAAGCAAAUAUUAUCUGACCGCUACCAUUUGUAUAAUGUGUUCUGACAAACGCAUAUCUUACUCUACAAUAAAGUUGUCGGUGUGCAGCAUUUUGCAAAUAACGCAAUACCAAGCCUGACUUCUGGAAAAUAACACCACUUCUCUUUCUUCCCCACACAUCCCAGGGGGUGGUCUGAAGGUACAUGAGGGCACAACCUUGCUGAAACCAGGCAGGUCUGGGUCUGGUGAGUCUGGGACCCCCUAGGAACCAGAGUAGGCCGUCUUGGAGGUCAUAAUGGUCAAAAGGCAAGAUAUAAAUGUAAGAACAUUUGAAAAAUAACAAAUAAUCCCUUUCUAUGUCUAUGCAGGGGCUGAAAAACUAUCUGUUGCUUCUAAUAGCAUUUUGUGUUAUUUUGGCUGGGUCGCUCUCGACAGCUUUUUCUAAAGUCUGAAGAACCACUGCCUGAACCAGCAGGUGGAGCUGUGGCUUAAGACACGAAAGAGAAGAUAAUAUCUGGCAUUUUCUUGGAUCACUAAUAUCAUCACUCUCGCCAGAGAAGCAAGGGCAAAAGUCCAUAGAGCAAGAACUUUUUGUGGGAAAUGCAAGGCAUUCAUCAUGUUUUCCACAUUUGGGAAGAUAAGGGAAAACCUUUUUAUGUUCUCUCAGCUGGAUGAUUAUGGGCUGAAAUCCAGGUCAGAGGUUUUAAUGAUCCCAUUAUGUUUUAUAUUAUGGCUUGUUGUUUAUUGGGGUGAGGGUAACGUAUAAAAGGAAGAGUUCAGUGAAGUGUAAGUGCUGAUUACUAUGCAGAGGAAGUAAUGUUUGUGUUGGGGCAUUGCAUCUUUCUUUUAUUUCUAAUACCGGACCUUUUAAUAAAGAACAUCACCCAGAUACUCCACCUUUAGACAAAGACACACAGAGUUUGCUCAGCAAACAGUCUGAUGAAGAGUUCUAGAGAACUCGAAGAGUUUCCUCACCGCUUUAUGACAUUCUGGUUUACCCUUGUCGAUUUUGUGUUGCUUUCUUUGUAAUGAACCCAAGGUAGCUACCAAAAAGUUUCUGGACCAUCCUGUUGAGGGAGCACAAUGCACCAACCCUGUUGAAGCCAAGCAGGUCUGGUCAUUGCCUGGAUGAGAGUCCAUCUGGGAAUCUUGUGUAGGCCAUCUUGAGCUCCAUAAUGGAAAAAGAUGGGAGAUAAAUGUACUGAACAAAUAAAGAAUUUUAAGCUUGCCCAAGGACCUGCACUGGAGGCCAUUCCCAGUGGGCAAUUUCAGGGGAAUUGACCAGCUCAAACAUUGGGAUGAGCAUCCUAAUGGCUUGAGAUAUUCGGCAGUGGAAGAACCUGCCUUGGGAGAUUUUGGGCUGUCGUUCACUGGAGUUAUUUAAACUGAGUCUGGACAGUCAUCUACAGAUUGAACCCUGCUUCCCCUCCAAAAUGGGAUCGCCUCUAUACAUUCCUCCUCCUAUCAGCAAAGCUGUUAUGAUAUUGUAAUGAGUAUGAGUUACUCGUGCGUAAACUGGUGCCUCUCUAGGCUAGUUUGCCUUGUUAAACCUUUCUGACUGCACAGCCCUUUCUCAUCAUGACUGUCUCAGUCACUAGCAGAAUCCGUCAGUGGGCGUUUCUUGAAUCUCUUCCAACAUAAGAGUUGUUUGACACCCAAUCUCCUCCGCCUCUCACUGCGCGGGAGCCUUCUGCGCAGGGUGGGCGUGGGUAGCGGGGACCUGUCCCCUCCUCACUGAGUUCCAGUGAAGAGUCCGUGAGCCCUCUCUCCGAUUUCCCCAUCUGCUCACUUUUGUUCCUGGUGCUGCGCUUAAAUGCUUCCCCCUCCACUGAGUUGCCUCUCCCCCUGCUGCUGGGUCCUUCUCCAGCAUCAUCCAGGAGCCUCCCCUUUGCCUCCCGCUCUGAUGUCAGUUCCCUGACAUCCACCUCCCCCCCAGAAUCCCCUCCACCCCUGGACCGACCUGUGGGACCAACUUCAUCCCCUUCGUCGGCCGAGGAGGCGGGGAAACCCCGGAAGGAACUGUCACUAUCUUCUGUAGGUUCGAAACCCGCUUCCCAAUCGCUCUUCCACCUACCAACGGGGUGGUCUUCCCCGUCUGAUGCUUCUUCCUCCGAAACCUCUCCUCCCUCCUCGGAGUCAGAAAAUCCCUCAAAAACCUCUUCCUCAUCUGUGGUCCCAAAUUGCUCCUCCCAGAAUCUCUCCAGGGGUUUGGGUUUGUCCGGAAACCGGCGGUGGAAUACCUCCACCAGAUACCUGUCCUCGACGGCUUCCGUGGGGACCCAUGUGUUUUCGGACCUGGGUUCCCCUUCCCACGCUACCAAAUACUCCACCCGGCGCCCUUGCCACCUUGAGUCCAGUAUUUCCGUGGCCCUUUGGUGGUGUUCCCUUUCUUCUACCUGCGGGUGUGUGGUGACUUCUCCCUCUUGCCCCUGGAAUUCCCGCCCUUCCCUAUGCGGUGAAAGCAGGGACCUAUGGAAAACCGGGUGUAUUUUCAUGCUAUCAGGCAACUUGAGCUUAAAUGCCACGGGAUUAACUUGCUGUGUUACCUCAAAAGGUCCCAGCCGGGGGCUUCCGGGGGGCGGCGCGAACGGUAAUGGCGGUCUUCUCCCGACCGGAGAAGAAGCUCCGCUGAAAUCGGGUCGUCCGCUACGGCGAAGCGGAGACCCAACGAGAAAAACCCCAGGCAGCAAGAGCCUGGGGUCCUGAGGCUCGGCGGGCGCCAAGAGCAGCCCUCCAACUGCAGAAGGAGCCUCGUAAGAGGCUCCGGAGCGUGGAGGGGCUGCGGCGCUGUGAGCCGUUUCACAGUCAGCGGAGUGAAGCCGCGCUGCUGCUGCCGGUGAGCGCUGAUCCCUUUUCCUGUUAAAAUUCGGACCUGGAAGAAAACAACUUACUCGUGAGUAAAGACUGAAUCACUUGGAAUUACAAAUUUUAAAUGAGAAGGUUUAAAUUGACUUGAAUUUGGCUGAAAGCGGAGAGACGUGGAAACAGGAAGUCCGUCUUCCGCUGCCAUUGAACUUGGAAAAAAAAGCAACUAAGGUGGAGGAGUGGAGGCUGAAAGAAAGAGAUUUUAAACUCUACACAGCCAAGCAUCUAUGGAACUUACAAUUUAAAGUAAAAUUAGCAAGUUAAAGAUUUGGACCUUUUAUUUGCACUUGACUUUCCCCUUUUAUUGGAUUACAAAUUGGAAGGUGAAACCCAGAGUCAGGAUUGCUUGAGCACUGUAACAGUGGGCUGUCAGUGUUUGACUUGGAUACUGUAUAUUAGAAGUUGCAACAAUCUGAGGGUAUUGAGACCUUUUAAUUUUGAAACAUUCUUUUGGAGACAAAUAAGCACUGUCUGCAACAAAGUGAUUACCUUUAAACUCUGCUUAAUACUUAUAUUGGAAGGUUCUGGGACAUUAAAUCAGACUCUGAAAAGACAUUUUAAGCUCCCUCUAGAGGAUUGGAUUAAAACAGUGACUUUAUAAAAACAUUUACUUUCGAUUCUCUUGUUGUCUGCUUGCUCUGGGCCUCUCUAUUCCUGUGGGAAAAACUCAGUGUGACCUUGACUGAUAGAUAACAUUGGAAUGAGUGGUACAAGAAGAAGAGGAAGAGUUAGACAAACAACUCUAACAAAUCUAACCUCAGCCUCGCAGACACGUAGAUCAUCUGUGCCUACUUUGCCCUCAGAAGUACAACUUGAAGAAGCUGCCUUGCCACAGGCAAAAGAGGGAGAGGGUGAAGUAGAGCAGUUACAAUUGGAAGAUAUGGCCUCAGGAGCAUCUGUUUCUGUGCUAGAAAAAAUCUUUGAAAAAUUGGAAGCUUUGGACAAGAAAGUAGAUGCGCAAUCAGCAAAGAUUGAUAAAAAUACAGAUUGUCUAAACAAAUUAACUACACAGGUGGGACAGAAUACACAAGCAAUUGGACAGUUGACGGAGGCCUCAGUAGAAAACCGAAAAUUGGCUGAGGAUACCAGACAAAAAUUGGAAAAUUUAGAGCAAGAGGUAAGACCACUCACUAAACAAGUUGGGGAACAUCAGAUUUAUCUUUCUAUGAUAGAACUGCGAAAUCGUGAGAAUAAUUUGAGGAUUAGAUCAUUACAAGAGGCAGAAGAAGGAAAUCUAACUGAGUUUUUGACCAAAGAACUUUCCAAGUUCUGGAAUUUGGAAGAAAAGGACUUUAAAAUUGUGUCAGCUUUCAGACUUGGAAGAUUUAUAAAGAAGGAGAGGCCCAGGGAUUGUUUGAUUACAUUGAGAUCGAAGGAGGAAAGGGAUAAGAUUUUGGGCCUACAUUACGAAAAGUCACUGGAAGUUUUGGAUAGAAGAAUUGAGAUAUAUAAAGAUAUCCCAAGACAACUGUUGGACCUUAGAGCCGCCUAUUCCGAACUUGCUAAACUAUUAAGGAGCAACGCAAUUCCAUUCAGGUGGGAUUUUCCCCAAGGAUUAUCUUUUACCUUUAGAGCGAGAAAGGUUAAAAUUAGAACAUUGGAAGAGAGAGAUAAAUUUCUGGCUACACACGGAGAGGACCUACAUAAAGGAAUUGAACUACCUUCCGGGCCUGAGGCAAAGCCAGCAUCAAUACCUCCACCUCGGGAACUUGAAGAUCAAGAGAAGACACCACCCCAGGAGAAAUAACCAGAUAGAUCCAGGAUGUCUCUGCAACUGUUGAGCUGGAAUAUUAAUGGUUGCAAUAUUCCGGAGAAAAGGAAGAAAAUAUUUCAUAUAUUAAAAAAGAACAAUUGGACAUUAUUUGCUUACAAGAAACACAUGUGACGAGGCUCCACAGAAAAGUGUUAAUAAAUAAAAGAUUGGGCCAGGAAUUUAUUUCGUCGGAUAAAGUGAAGAAGAGAGGAGUGGUGAUAUAUGCAAAAGAGAGCCUGUCACCUAAAUUUCUAUUUAAAGAUGAACAUGGAAGGAUUUUGGCUAUUGAGAUACAAUAUCAAGGAGAGAAACUGCUGAUAUUAGGAAUCUAUGCGCCUAAUGAAGGGAAAUCGGAAUUUUACAAGAAGUUGCAGGGGACAAUGCUGGAUCAUCUGGAUUACAACAACAUCAUAAUGAUGGGAGACAUGAACGGGGUCGUGUCAACUAACAUGGACAAGUCGCAAAGUCAAAACAUCACAAAAGAUGGCAGACUACCUAAAACCUUUUUGAAAUGACUGACAAUAUGGACUUGAUCGACAUUUGGAGAACAAAGAACCCACUAGGUAGAGAAGGAACAUUCUUUUCUGAAGCCCAACUGACCUGGACAAGAAUCGACCAAAUAUGGAUCUCUAGAGGCCUGGCACCUAGGGUUAGAAAAGUGGAAAUCUGCCCAAAGACCUGUUCUGACCACAACGCAGUAAAGAUGGACAUGACACUACUACCAACUGGAUCCUUUAGAUGGAAGAUGAAUGACAAUUUGUUUAGAGAUCAGGAAAUUACCAAGAAGGCCCAAAAAGUUUUGAAAGAUUAUUUUGAGAUAAAUAUGAACAAUUCGGUGGAAAAAGAAUCGUCUGGGACGCAAGCAAAGCUGUCAUGAGGGGAUUCCUGAUACAACAGAAUGUAGUAAAGAAAAAAACACAAAAUGAGAAAAAAGACAAGAUUUUGGAUAAAAUAAAAGAAUUAGAGAAGAAAUUAAGAGUGAAUCCAAAGUCACAGCCAACUCUGAGAGAAAUUAAACUGUAUCAAACACAGUAUUCUAAAUUGAUAAAUCAGGAAAUUGAAUGGAAGAUCAAAUUAAUGAAACAAAAAACGUUUGAGUCGGCGAAUAAAUGUGGAAAACUGCUAUCCUGGCAGUUGAAGAGAAGACAAAGAUUAAACACGGUUACAAAUUUAGAGGUUGAUGGAAGAAACAUUCAGAAUCCAGUGGACAUUAGAAAGUGUUUCCAGAGAUAUUUUAAAAAUUAUAUACCCAAGGGCCGCAAGACGAAGUUGAGAUUAAACAAUUUUUGCCAAAAAUGGAUUAUCUAAACUGUCACAAGAAAAUAGGACAAUCCUGAACUCUAAAAUAACACGACAGGAGAUUGAACAAGCUAUUCAGAACAUGCAACUUGGCAAAUCUCCAGGGCCAGACGGGCUGACCUCCAAGUAUUACAAGACACUAAAAGACUAUUUGAUACAACCCUUGAUGGAGGUUAGCAAUGAAAUUAUGGAGGGGAAGAGGGCACCGGAUUCGUGGAAGGAAGCGUUUAUCACAUUGAUACCAAAGUCAGAAACUGAAAAGACACAACUGAAGAACUACCGUCCCAUCUCCCUUUUAAAUGUGGAUUACAAAAUAUUUGCAGAUAUUUUGGCAAGUAGAUUUAAAAAGUUUUAAAUGAAGUAAUUCAUAAGGACCAGGCCGGUUUUCUCCCAGGUAGACAUUUGUUUGCUAACACAAGGAACAUUAUUGAUAUUUUGGAACUUCUCCAAACUGACAUAAAUACAAAAGCUGUUUUAAUUUUUAUAGAUGCGGAGAAGGCCUUUGAUAACAUUUCUUGGAAAUUUAUGAUGGGAAACUUAAAAGAGAUGGGAGUGGGACGGGGUUUUGAGAAUGGGAUUGAGGCGAUAUAUUCAGAACAGAAAGCAAAACUGAUAGUUAAUAAUGUGGUUACAGAAGAGUUCAAAAUUGAAAAAGGGACACGACAAGGUUGCCCUAUUUCCCCUUUGUUAUUUAUUUCGGUCCUGGAAGUGCUAUUGAACAUGAUUAGAGGGGACCAGCUGGUGGAAGGAAUUCAGGUUGGUCAGAAACAAUAUAAAUUAAAAGCUUUUGCAGAUGACCUGGUUUUGACCUUGCAGAAGCCAGAGCCUAGUACGAAAAGAGUAUUACAAUUGAUUAAUGAUUUUGGUCGGGUGGCGGGAUUUAAAUUAAACAAACAGAAAACUAAGGUUUUGGGGAAAAAUCUGACUGAGACAGAGUCAGAACGGUUUCAGAAUGAGACGGAACUUAAUGUGGUUAAAAAGUAAAAUACCUAGGGGUAAACAUAACAGCAAAAAAUCUAAGUCUAUUUAAGGAUAAUUAUGAAAAAUGUUGGACAGAAAUUAAGAGAGACUUAGACAGUUGGUCAAAAUUGAAACUUUCUUUGUUAGGCCGAAUUGCUGCGAUUAAGAUGAAUGUAUUGCCAAGAAUGUUGUUUUUAUUUCAAACACUGCAGGUAUUGGACAAAAUGGAGUGCUUUCAGAAGUGGCAGAGAGACAUUUCGAAGUUUGUCUGGCAGGGCAAAAAGCCCAGAAUUAAGUUUAAGAUACUAACCGAUGCAAAACAAAGAGGGGCUUUGCCCUGCCGGACUUAAAGUUGUACUAUGAAGCCGCAGCGUUCUGCUGGCUAAAAGACUGGCUACUUCUUGAAGACACUGAUGUGUUAGAUUUGGAGGGGUUUAACAAUGUUUUUGGAUGGCAUGCAUAUUUAUGGUAUGACAAAGUUAAAGCAAAUAAGGCCUUUAAGAACCAUAUUGUUAGAAAAUCACUGUUUAAUGUCUGGACAAAAUAUAAAGACUUGCUGGAAAAUAAAACACCAAGGUGGCUUUCACCUUUGGAAGCUAAGGCCCGAAAAAGACCCAAUAUGGAGGCCAAAUGGCCAAAAUAUUGGGAAAUACUAGAAAAAGAUGGAGACAAUUGGAAAUUGCAGAGCUUGGAGAAAAUGAAAGACAAAGUGCGAGAUUGGUUACACUAUGCUCAGAUUAAAGAAGUUUUUAAAAGUGAUAAGAAACUAGGGUUCCAGGUGGAGAAAUCGAAAUUAGAAACAGAAUUGUUAGAACCAAAGACUAAGAUACUUUCAAGGAUGUAUAACUUGCUGUUGGAAUGGAAUACACAAGAUGAAAUGGUUAAAUCGGCUAUGAUAAGGUGGGCACAGGAUAUUGGGUAUAAUAUUAUGUUUGAGGACUGGGAAAGGCUGUGGAGUAAUGGAUUGAAAUUUACUGCAUGUAAUGCUUUGAAAGAAAAUGUAAUGAAAAUGAUUUAUAGAUGGUAUAUGACCCCAGUCAAACUCGCAAAAAUUUACCACCUGUCUGAUAACAAGUGCUGGAAAUGCAAAGAGUGUGAAGGAACGUUCUUUCACCUCUGGUGGACAUGCCCUAAAGUGAAGGCGUUCUGGGAAAUGAUUUAUAAUGAAUUGAAAAAGGUAUUUAAAUAUACUUUCACUAAGAAACCAGAGGCUUUCCUUUUGGGUAUUGUCAGCCAAGGGGUGGCAAAGAAGGACCAGACAUUUUUAUGUAUGCAACAACAGCAGCAAGGAUACUACUCGCAAAACAUUGGAAAACCCAAGAUCUACCCACACUGGAAGAAUGGCAGAUGCAACUGAUAGACUAUAUGCAACUGGCUGAAAUGACUGGCAGAAUCCGUGACCUGGGAGAAGAGAGAAUCGAGGAGGAUUGGAAGAAAUUUAAGAACUACCUACAAAAACAUUGUGAUUUGAUUGAAUGCUGAAUAAGAUGCUGGACUAAAUAACUGAGCACCACUUAACUUAGAAAUUUUUAAGGAAACAAGAAAAAUUGUGAAAGUUUAACUCUUUAUGAGAACUUUAAGAUUAUGAAAUAUCGAAGAGAUAUAAGAAUUUAAAUAAGAUGAUAAAUUGCUGACAAAAUGUUAUAAUGAUGAAGGUGGGAGCGGGAGAUGUGAGGAAGUCCAAAGAAAAUGUGAAAUUAUGUUAAGACGAAUGCUAUAUUGUUUAUUACAUUUAUUCCUAUUGUAAAACCCAA